CCGAAGAAGAAAACAAGAUGGCGGCGGCCUGAAUGUGGCCUUCUCGAGCUCCCGACAGAAUUUUAAAAAUUACGAUAAAACACUUUUUUGGAUUCACAGCAAAGAUAAAAACGAAUAUCUCAAAGACUCGUCUGUAAAGGCAACGAAACGGAAGUUGAGCAUUAGAUUGCUCUCCGAGGUGAAGAUAGAAGAUAGAAAAAAGACGAACCACUGCUAUGCUAAGAUGGCGACGUCCAGUCAAAAAGAACGAGGAAGAGAAUCAACGGAGGAAAAGCCCCAAAUUGCCGAUAAAGACGUCCAGCAGCUGACUGGUUGUCAGGAAGACCAUCCCACUCAACCACAGGAUGUGAGCUCCAAUUGGAAGCAGGAGGAUCUACAGCCCCCCCAUGUCAAAGAGGAAGAGGAGAAACUGAAUAUUAAACAGGAGGGAGAUUCAAGGGAGGAUGAUCUCACCAAGUUGGCCCUGACUGUUGUCACUGUGAAGACGGAAGACCAUGAAGACAAACCACGUUGGUUGUGUCCUUCAGACGCCCAGCAGCUGAUCGGUCAUCAAGAAGAAUGUCCCCCUCUGUCACAGGGAGGGAGCUCCACAUUGAAGCAGGAGGAUCCACAGCCCCCCCAUGUAAAAGAGGAAGACGAGGAUCACUGGAGCAUUCAAGAGGGAGAGCGUCUUCACGGACAUAAGGACGAUGAUCUCACCAAGUCGGCCUUCACUGGUGUGUCUGCGGCGAUUAAAGAUGAAGAUGAGAGACUAGCAGAGAACCUUUUAGCCCCACUAUCAGAUAGUGAGCAAUCACCUGAUGAUGACGACACCCAAGAACCCUUGAGCAACAAUACAGGCUGUGAAGGUGAUAAGACGAUGCCAAAAAACCCUUAUUGUUGUUCCGUGUGUGGUAAAAAUUGUAAAAAAAAGUCAGCCGUGGAAGCACACAUGAGAACGCACACAGGGGAGAAACCUUUCAGCUGUUCUGUUUGUGAUAAAAAAUUCUCUCGGAGAGGAUACAUGGUAACACACAUGAAAAUGCAUACAGGGGAAAAACCUUUCAGUUGUACCGUUUGUGAUAAAAAAUUCUCCCGGAGAGGAUUUAUGGUAUCACACAUGAGAAGGCACACGGGAGAAAAACCAUUUUGCUGCUCAGUUUGUAGCAAUAGCUUUUCCCACAAGUCAACUUUGGUACAACACCUGCGAACACACACGGGGGAAAAACCUUUCAGUUGCUCAGUUUGCGACAAAACAUUCUCUCAGCGUGGACAUAUGGUAUUACACAUGAGGGUGCACACCGGAGAAAAACCUUUCAGUUGUUCUGUUUGUGGCAAAAAAUUCUCUCAGCGUGUAGUUAUGGAGUCGCACAUGAGAAGACACACGGGUGAAAAACCAUUUGUUUGCUCGGUUUGCGGCAAAAGCUUUUCAAAUAGGAACAGUUUGAGGUACCACAUGCCAAAACACAUCGGGAAAAAACCUUUCAGUUGCUCAGUUUGUGCUAAAGGAUUCUCUGUACGUGAACGGGUGGUAGCACACAUGAAAACCCACACUGGAGAAGAUCCUUUAUGUUGCUCAGUUUGCAGUCAAAGCUUUUCCAACAGGAGCAGUUUAACGAAUCACAUGCUGGAACACACAGGAGAAAAACCUUUUGUUUUUUCACUUUGUGCUUGAAGAUUAUCUCUGUUCACAAUGAGAACACAUACAGUGGAAAAACCAUUCAGCUGUUCUGUUUGGUAUUACAUGUUAUCAGUGUACGAGUAAAUGCGUAACCACAGCAUGUAUAUCAGAUGCAACUUUGAAAGAGCGUUUUUUUUUUUUUUUUUAGAGGGAUUCAUAGUAAAUAAUAGGUGUGUCUCAUUGUUAGCUAGCUCAUAUUAACUUUUAUGUUGCAUUGCACAGAAAAUGGGGAACUUUUUGGAAUUUGCAAUCCUUAUGUGAAACAUGAACACAUUCUUUCCCUCUUCUGUGAUGCCAGAAAACAUUGGGACACACACAUUUCGAAGCCAAAAAAAAAAAACUCUAAUGGAAGAACAAGUACAUUGAUGAUAACAUGUAAUACUUUCAGUAUCUUGGCGUAUUUUGAGGAUUUAAAACAUGACCGGAAUGUCUUUCCUUCCUAGAUGUUUGCUAGUUUGGUCGCACGUGGAAUCUCAAAGUUGACCAACUUUUCAGCUUAUUGCCAGAACCUUCAAAAAUUCACGUGCAAAGGCAUGAUUUAUAACCUAGCAUUAACUUUUCAAAACUGAACACAUUACCAGAGUGACGCUUAGAUUUUUUUUUUUAACAUUUUCUUUUCAUUGUUUUUUUAUGAGGCCCAAAAUUCUCCGCCUCUCCCCUUGCCAAUGAUCAUGACAUUGUGUUUGUGUUGUGGCAAUGUGCGUCAAAUGGUCUCUAACCUAACAUCUUUUUUUUUUUAUAUAGAUAUACUUUAUUUUUUCAAUUUUUCCUUCAAAUGCAAACAAACUCAAAACAAAAAUUUGAGUCAUUUUUGUCCAUGAACAGUGUCCAUUUCACCCAAUUUUCUCCACACGUCUUCUUCAGUCUUUAAUCUAUGUUAAUCUAUGUUAAUAGUUCCAUAUCGUGUAUUGUGUUCAUCACACAAAGCCAGUCCUCCAGUACCGGGAGUCUUGGAUUAAGCCAAUUAUUUUUUGUAAUGGCUGUUUUACGUGCUACCAACAUGAUUUUAUAUAAAUAUAAAUAUCUUCCCUUAACACAAGGUCUCGCAUGAAAAAGUCACACUGUAACCCAAAAGCCUCUCCAUAGUUUUACAUGCCCUCUUCCAAAAAUUGGUGAUAUUUGGGCAGAACCAAAACACGUGAAUGGUUGACAUUGACUGUACCACACUGACAACUUUAAGACAUUUUUGUUUCUGUAAUGUUUGUUUUGAGCUCUCUUUCCCAUUUUUCUUUAAUAUUUCCCUCCAUUAAAUGUUUAUAUAGUAUGGAUACUAUCUGGGUAGGUUUUGAUUUAUAGGCAGACAUUCAUCUCAUUCAUUCAUCUUCUAUUCAUCAAGCAUUUUAUUUUCAAUUGUAUGUAUCUAAAAUAAUUGUUUUCGCCCAUGUCGUAUAUUUGUUGUAGUUCUUGGAAGCUUAUGAAUUUCCCCUUGUUUAGUAUUCUACACCAUGCGGUUAUACCUCUUGGGAUCUUCUUUUAUACAGAAAUAGGAACUGUGUUGUGAAGCAAACAUAUGAUUAUUAGGUUGUUGUUUUUGGGACUGUUGUGUAUCACAUCCAUUCAUUUUUAUGAUAUUUCUUUAUGUACUAUAUGACCUGCUGUAACCUUUUUAAUACACUUUCUUUAACUUCACUGGAUUGGGCAACGCUGGUAUGUAAUUAGGAGCUGAAUCUAGUUCGACAUCCCCGAUAUAGUAUGUACAGGUGUUAGUACAGUGGGGGAUCUCUGUUGUAUAACAUUAUUUUUUUAAUGCAUGGCUAUAUAUAGGCAGGGAUGUAUAUGUGUUGUAGCAAUGUUAUUUCAGUGUGACACAAAAUAGCAAAAGAAGAAGGUUACACUCUAAUAUGGGUGGUGAUAAGUUUCAAAAGGUAUAAAAAGUCAUGUUCUCAGGAAUAAA